AUGCCGUUGUUCAAGCGCCGCGAAGGCUGCUCCAUCCGUGAGCGCUACGAAUUUCGCGAUGUUCUCGGCACUGGAGCGUUUUCAAAGGUCUUUCUCGCCGAAUGUAAGCAAGAGCCUGGCCAUAUGGUGGCGGUGAAAUGUAUCGAUAAAAAAGCGCUGAAAGGAAAAGAGGAUUCGUUGGAAAAUGAAAUCAAAGUGCUGCGAAAGCUACGGCAUCCGAACAUUGUUCAAUUAUACGAUACAUAUGAAGAAAAGCAAUACGUAUACCUCGUUAUGGAACUCGUCACAGGUGGAGAACUAUUUGAUCGAAUAGUCGCUAAAGGAUCCUAUACGGAAAAAGAUGCCAGUCAUUUAAUACGGCAGGUACUGCAUGCAGUCUCAUUUAUGCACGGUAAUGGCGUCGUUCAUCGGGAUCUUAAACCAGAAAAUCUCCUCUAUUACAAUCAAGACGAGGAUUCGAAAAUCAUGGUAUCGGACUUUGGUCUAUCAAAAACUGAAGAUUCCGGUGUGAUGGCAACCGCUUGCGGAACUCCUGGAUAUGUUGCACCAGAAGUUCUUCAGCAGAAGCCAUACGGGAAAGCAGUUGAUGUGUGGUCAAUAGGAGUAAUUGCCUAUAUAUUGCUCUGCGGAUAUCCGCCUUUUUACGACGAAAGCGAUGCGAAUCUUUUUGCUCAAAUCAUCAAGGGUGAAUACGAAUUCGAUGCCCCAUAUUGGGACCAGAUUUCAGAUUCUGGUAAGCUCUUGAACAUCCAUGGUGAGAUCAGCGGUAAUACCGCCUACACCACCGAUAUUCACGGCUCAGUAGUAACGCACCUCAAAAAGUCAUUGGCAAGAAGAAAUUGGCGAAAGGUUGCGUCCGCUGCGCGUCGACUCUCCACUAUCUAUCUUGAAACGAAAAAACGGAAUUCAAAUUACAUCUUUGAUUUAUCCCCCCUUAAUUCUAUACAAUUCUUCGAAAUGUAA